AUGCCUGUCAUGAAGGGCUUGUUGGCUCCUCAGAACACCUUCCUCGACACUAUAGCUACACGGUUCGAUGGCACACACAGCAAUUUCAUCCUGGCCAACGCCCAGGUGUGUCGGGGUUUCCCCAUCGUCUACUGCUCCGAUGGCUUCUGUGACCUGACCGGCUUCGCCCGGACCGAGGUCAUGCAGAAGAACUGCCGCUGCCGGUUCCUGCACGGGGCCGAGACCAGCGACCAGGUCUCGCUGCAGGUGGAGAAGGCGUUGGAAGGCAAGCAGGAGUUUCAGGCUGAGGUGCGGCUGUACAAGAAAACCGGAUUGGGGUUCUGGUGUUUGCUGGACAUCGUUCCCAUUAAAAACGAGAAGGGGGAAGUCGUGCUGUAUCUGGUCUCGUUCAAGGACACGACAGAGACUCGGGGGAAGAACCAGCACGGAGACCGCAAGGAAGAGGAGAAACGUAGGAACAAAUGUGCCGGCGGAUCACACUUCAGCGCCGCCCGCAAGCGAGGCAGGACAGUCCUCUAUCACCUGACCAGCCGCCUGCGGAAACAGGACAAGGGCAAAGUCACGCUCGACAACCAUGCCUUCGAGAACAAGUCUUCCCUCCCCGAGUACAAAGUGGCGUCCAUUCAGAAGGCUCGUUUCAUCCUCCUGCACUACAGCAUGUUCAAGGCCGGCUGGGACUGGCUGAUCUUGCUGGCCACCUUCUACGUGGCGGUGACCGUGCCUUACAACGUCUGCUUCGCCGAGAUCGAUGGCAGCGACUCCACCUCCCGCAGCACCAUCGUCAGCGACAUCACCGUGGAAAUGCUCUUCAUCUUCGACAUCGUCCUGAAUUUCCGUACCACCUUCGUCAGUCAGUCGGGGCAGGUGGUCUACGACUCCCGGUCCAUCUGUAUCCACUAUGGGACCACGUGGUUUGUGGUGGAUUUGAUCGCUGCCCUUCCAUUUGAUCUCCUGUACGCCUUUAACAUCACGGUGACCUCUCUGGUUCACCUGUUGAAGACCGUGCGCCUGUUGAGGUUACUCCGCCUGUUGCAGAAGCUGGACCGUUACUCGCAGUACAGUGCUAUGGUCCUCACACUGCUCAUGUCCAUGUUUGCCCUGCUCGCUCACUGGAUGGCCUGCAUUUGGUAUGUGAUUGGCAAGAGGGAGAUGGAAUUGAACGAUCCUCACACGUGGGACAUCGGUUGGCUGAACGAACUGAGUAAACGUUUAGAAACCCCCUACACCAAUAACUCAAUGGGUGGCCCAACUCUGAGGAACGCCUACAUUGCUGCUCUCUAUUUCACUCUGAGCAGCCUCACCAGCGUUGGGUUUGGAAACGUUUCUGCCAACACGGACGCAGAGAAGAUAUUUUCCAUUUGCACCAUGCUGAUCGGGGCUCUGAUGCACGCUGUGGUUUUUGGGAACGUGACCGCCAUCAUCCAGCGAAUGUACUUGAGGCGCUCGCUCUACCACACUCGAAUGAAGGACCUGAAGGACUUCAUUCGGGUCCACCAUCUGCCGCAGCAGCUUAAGCAGCGAAUGCUCGAAUAUUUCCAAACGACGUGGUCAGUGAAUAAUGGGAUCGAUACCAACGAGCUUUUGCGUGACUUCCCAGAUGAGUUGCGGGCGGAUGUUGCCAUGCACCUGAACAAGGAGAUCCUCCGCUUGCCUCUCUUUGCCUCGGCCAGUCGUGGCAUCCUGAGGUCCUUGUCUCUCCACAUCAAGACCUCCUUCUGUGCUCCGGGAGAAUACCUGAUCAGACAGGGUGACGCUCUCCAGGCUAACUACUUUGUAUGUUCCGGUUCGAUGGAGGUCCUCAAAGACAAUAUGGUGCUGGCAAUCAUCGGUAAAGGGGAUCUGAUCGGUGCUGACCUCUCAGCCAAGGACCAGGUGAUUAAAACCAAUGCUGACGUCAAGGCGUUGACCUAUUGUGAUCUGCAGUACAUUGGGCUGAGAGGUCUGUACGAGGUGCUGGGGCUCUAUCCUGAGUAUUCCAACAAAUUCCUGGCUGACAUCCAUCUCGACCUGACCUUCAAUCUCCAAGAGGGUCACGAGGCAGAGGGAAUCUCCAGGUUUUCCAGAUCCCCACGACUGGCCCAGCAUCAUCCUGAGCGCACCGAGAAUUGUGUCGGGAAACUCCCGUCUAUUGUGGAGAAUGAAGAAGAGCCCGAGGAUUACCCCCAUCUUUCCCCAGCGGCCAGGAGGCUGAUCCUGCCCGGCUUGAACAGCCCGGUGCGGAGAGGGUCGCUGGGCAGCUUGCUGGGAGACGACCUCAGGCGCUUCCCCACCCUGAGGUUGGCCACCCUAUCGCCCGGCCGGUGUGGCAGAGCCAGAAGUCCCUCUCUGCAACCCAGGAAGGCAGAGGGCCAGGCUUGCAGCGCUAACGGGGUCGCGAGAAAGCCGACGAAACUUCACCUGCCAACUCUGUCCUGCUGCGGCCCUCCUAACCUCAGCCCCAGGGUUGUGGACGGGAUCGAAGAUGAUGGGAGGCUGUCGGAGAUGUCCUCGUUCCAGUUCGGCCUGAACCAGAUACCUCAAACCCGUGCGGGAGAAGAGUCCUGGAGCUCAACGACACCUUUAAUAUCCACAUUGACUUCUGAAGAAGCAGAAAUCAGACAGAACAUCAGCAGACUCAAUCAGGAGAUGAAUAACCUGAACCAAGAGGUAUCGCACCUUGCCCGGGAAGUCCACAACAUGAUGCAGUUGCUACAGCACCAACUGAGUGCCCAGCAGAGCAGUCGGAAUGGCCCUUACCCCCCCUACCCUGUUCCCCUACUCUCCUCUCCAGCUCCCCGUGUGAACGAGGGUGGGAAUCAAUGGCCGUCGAGUGUCUCCUACACGUUACAGCCACCCACGCUGCAGCUACAGACCGGGUCGAUGCCCGGACCCCAGCUCGGCCAAAGUACCCGAACCCCCAGCUCCUGGAAUUUCGGCACUCCUCCUGCUGUCCCGGGAGCUCGGUGCAGGGGGGGGUCCCACGCCAAUUGA